GGCUACAAUCGAAUUGGAGCAAAAUCAGAACUGAAGGGAGGAAAGAUUUCAUUUUUCUUUUUGGGGCUUUUUUUUUUUUAAUUUCUUUUUUAAUUGACAAAAUCCUACCAAUUAUUGUAUCUGAUAUCCAAAAAAUCGUUCGCAGCAGAUAUGACUUCUCUUCUUCUUCAACCUCUUCCCGCGCUCUCUUCCUCUGUUUUCCUCCAAAAUUCUGGCUAUGUCCCUUCUCCGACCUCUGUAAAAACCAAAAGAAUUCUUCAAUCAAGACCCCUCACUACUACGUUACUUGCCCUUACUGAAUCACCUGACUCUUCCCAAUCCCCUCAAUCCCUCCUCCUCCUCCAGCUCUCUGUAAUGAUUACUAUGUGCAUAUAUUUGUAUGAACAUGCUCAUACAAACAUUUCAUAGUUACAUUGUAAAUUUGACUCCUUUUAUGGUUGCAGGAUUGCUUUGAUCUUCCGUCGGAGUAUUUUGAGCAAUUACCUCGUGAUCUUCGAUUAGAUUUAAAUGAUGCAGCUUUCGAUCUUUCAAAUGGACCAGUCAUUGAUGAGUGUGGUCAAGAGCUGGGAGAACUCCUGUUAAAUCUCUCUCGAGCAUGGGAAUUAGCUGACACAUCAACUUCCCGUGCUUUAGCUAGCAAGCUCCCUAUGCUGGAGGGUACUUUGACAAAUAAGGCCAAGGCAGGCAAGAAUUGAAGCAUAAACAAUUGAUGCUGGAUGCAUGUUAAAGAGCUUGUUUUGAAGCUUACUUCAUUUUUUCGCUGUUUAGCAUUUGGAAAGCGUUUGGUAUCUGCUGGAAGGAGGUUCCAAUCAAUGGGACAGUAUGGCCAGGGUGAAAUGCAGAAGAUUGCGCAAGCAAUGAUAACAACUGGAAAACUUCUGUCUGCAAGUCCAAUACCAACAACUCCAGACGAGGAGCCAAAGAAAGAAACCAGAGUCUUCAAGUUUGGAGAACUUCAGGUUGAAGUAACACCAGUGAAAGCCAAUAUUGGAGCUGUAAUUGGAGUUGCUUUUGGGAUUCUUUCAUGGGAACUAGCCCAGGGUAUUCAAAGCAUACCAGAGAGCUCCUUGCAGUAUCCGAAUGACAAUGCUAUACUGCUGGCUAAGUCUCUAAGGGGAGCUUUGCUUGUGCUUUUUUACUCAUCUACAUUUUUAUCUGCUUUUACCUCUGUGGGACUUUUCUUGCUUGGAAGACAACUCAAGUCAAAGGAAAAGUGAGCUUCUGUGGUGCAAACUUUCAGUUCAUCGGAUCCUCUAACAUUGAUGUGUGAAGUAUUGGGUAUUUCUGUCUGACAAUGGCCCAAGAAAUCAUGGAUGUACCAUACUAUGGAAUCAUAAUUGUGUAAUCAUUUUCUGGUUUUGAUGCCUUUGAAAACUGUAUCAUAGAUGGUAGUGUGAGUUGAAAUUUUACUA